AUGAAUUCGGCCGAGCAGACCGUUACGUGGCUCAUCACCCUGGGGGUGCUGGAGUCGCCCAAGAAGACCGUGGCGGACCCGGAGGGCUUCCUGCAGGCGUCGCUGAAGGAUGGCGUGGUCCUCUGCAGGCUGCUGGAGCGCCUGCUGCCCGGGACCAUCGAGAAAGUCUACCCGGAGCCGCGGAGCGAGAGCGAGUGCCUGAGCAACAUCCGCGAGUUCCUGCGCGCCUGCGGGGCCUCCCUGCGCCUGGAGACGUUUGAUGCAAAUGAUUUGUAUCAGGGGCAAAACUUUAACAAGGUCCUCAGUUCCUUAGUGACUCUAAAUAAAGUGACAGCAGACAUCGGCCUGGGAAGCGACUCUGUGUGCGCCCGGUCUUCCUCCCACCGAAUCAAGUCCUUCGACUCUUUGGGAUCCCAGUCUUCACACAGUCGGACUUCAAAAUUGUUCCAGGGCCAGUACCGGAGUUUGGACAUGACGGAUAAUAGCAACAAUCAGCUGGUAGUGAGAGCGAAGUUUAGCUUCCAGCAGACCAACGAAGAUGAACUGUCCUUCUUGAAGGGCGACAUCAUCCAUGUCACGCGCGUGGAGGAAGGAGGCUGGUGGGAGGGCACGCACAACGGCAGAACCGGCUGGUUCCCCAGCAACUACGUGCGCGAGAUCAAGCCAAGUGAGAAGCCGGUCUCCCCCAAGUCGGGGGCGCUGAAGAGCCCUCCCAAAGGGUUCGACACGAGCGCCAUCAACAAGAGCUAUUACAAUGUGGUGCUGCAGAAUAUUUUAGAAACAGAGAACGAAUAUUCUCAAGAACUUCAGACUGUGCUUUCAGCCUACCUGCGGCCACUGCAGACCAGUGAGAAGUUAAGUUCAGCAGACACUUCAUAUCUAAUGGGGAACCUAGAGGAGAUCUGCUCUUUCCAGCAAAUGCUUGUGCAGUCUUUGGAAGAAUGCGCCAAGUCGCCUGAGGCCCAGCAGCGAGUGGGAGGCUGCUUUCUGAAUCUGAUGCCACAGAUGAGGACCCUAUACCUCACAUACUGUGCCAACCACCCGUCUGCCGUGAGCGUCCUCACUGAGCACAGCGAGGAGCUUGGGGAGUUCAUGGAGACGAAGGGCGCCAGCAGCCCUGGAAUCCUUGUGCUGACCACCGGCCUGAGCAAGCCGUUCAUGCGCCUGGACAAGUACCCCACGCUGCUCAAGGAGCUGGAGAGACACAUGGAGGAUUUCCAUCCAGAUAGACAAGAUAUUCAGAAAUCUAUGACUGCCUUCAAAAACCUCUCAGUCCAGUGUCAAGAAGUCCGGAAAAGGAAAGAGCUUGAGUUGCAGAUUCUGACGGAAUCCAUCCGGAGCUGGGAGGGAGAUGACAUCAAGACACUGGGCAGUGUCAUUUACAUGUCACAGGUCAUGAUUCAGUGCGCAGGGAGCGAGGAAAAGAAUGAAAGAUACCUUCUCCUCUUCCCGAACCUCCUGUUAAUGUUGUCUGCCAGUCCCAGGAUGAGUGGCUUCAUUUACCAGGGGAAGCUGCCAACGACAGGAAUGACAAUCACAAAGCUUGAGGACAGUGAGAAUCACAGAAAUGCAUUUGAAAUAUCAGGGAGCAUGAUCGAGCGGAUCCUCGUGUCUUGCAACCACCAGCAGGACCUGCACGAGUGGGUGGACCACCUGCAGAAGCAGACGAAGGUCACGUCCGUGAGCAACCCCACCAUCAAGCCCCACUCUGUGCCGUCUCACACCCUCCCCUCGCACCCCAUCACGCCGUCCAGCAAGCACUCGGACAGCAAGCCCGCGUCGCUGAUGCCCGCCUACCACACGCUGCCCCACCCCUCCCACCAUGGCACCCCGCACACCACCAUCAGCUGGGGGCCCCUAGAGCCCCCGAAGACCCCCAAGCCUUGGAGCCUCAGCUGCCUGCGGCCCGCGCCUCCCCUGAGGCCCUCGGCUGCUCUCUGCUACAAGGAGGACCUCAGUAAGAGCCCCAAAACCAUGAAGAAGCUGCUCCCAAAGCGCAAACCUGAGCGGAAGCCUUCAGAUGAAGAGUUUGCCUUGCGGAAAAGCACGGCUGCUCUGGAGGAGGAUGCUCAGAUCCUGAAGGUCAUCGAGGCUUACUGCACAAGUGCCAAGACGCGGCAGACACUCAACUCGACAUGGCAAGGCACUGACCUGAUGCAUAAUCACGUCUUGGCUGACGACGGCCAAUCAAGCCUAGACUCCCCGGGUCGUCGCAGUAGCCUUUCUCGCUUGGAGCCCUCAGACCCCUCGGAAGACUCUGAGUAUGACAGUAUAUGGACAGCCCAUAGUUACAGAAUGGGUUCAGCAUCUCGUUCACGCAAAGAAUCUGCUCCACAAGUUCUGCUUCCAGAAGAAGAGAAAAUCAUAGUGGAAGAAACGAAAAGUAAUGGUCAGACGGUGAUAGAGGAAAAGAGCCUCGUGGACACUGUGUACGCACUGAGGGACGAAGUCCAAGAGCUGAGACAGGAUAACAAAAAGAUGAAGAAGUCGCUCGAGGAGGAACAGAGGGCCCGCAGAGACCUGGAGAAGCUGGUGCGGAAGGUGCUGAAGAACAUGAACGACCCCGCCUGGGAUGAGACCAACCUGUGAGGAGGAUCUCUGCUCCCCGGGGCGGGGGUGGCCCAGGCCGGGUGACCCUGGGGACUGAGUGUCUCAGAAGAACCCAGCCUGAGGCGUAGACGCCGAGGACGCAAGCCGAGCUGUGUGGGCCUCGCUGCCGGCACCGCUACCUCACCUGCAAUAAGUGCAGUACCUGGCAGAGCCCUGGCUUCCAGACUCCUCGUCAUGCAGGAACGCACUCCGCACCCUUCUUGUCAGUGCCGCUUGGAAUGCACACCCACGGCUUCCGCCUGGGCUGACCUCCACCGGCACUCCCAGCCCACUGACCACUCAGGUGCUGGAAGCCAGGGCCCUGUGCUCUGGGCCGGGGCCCGACUGGCCCGCCCCACCCGUCACCAUGGUGCUCUAAGCGGAUGUCCUGCUGGUCGAUUGUUGCGAGUCCCGUCCCGUCCCGUCCCCCCCCCCCCCAGAGCAGAGUCCGGUCUGCCUGCUGCCAGGCUGGGGCAGUGCUGGCUGUGGGCGUCGCCCUGGCCCUGAGGAGAGCAGGAGCCCAUCUGGCGGGGUUGUCUGCUCUUCUGGGUCCGGGUGCCCGCAGCGUUGCAGGGGUCACGCAGACUUGCCGUGGAGGCUCCUAGAGAAUCCUGACAAAGUGCACUGUCCGUCCUCCCCCCAAAAGACAGCGAGAGCCUGUACAUAAAAUUAUUUAUUAUGCUCAAGCAGCCAAUGGAAACAGCGAGGCAGUGCUGGGAGCAGUUGCCAAUGGUGGGCCUUCCCCGUGGGGCGUCCUCCCGCGGGCACGGCCACACCGCUUAGCACCCACUGGGCAUCGCCUUCCUCUCUCAGCAUGAAUACAGCAAUACACCUCGGGUUCAGCGAGGCCACAGCUGCCCAGACUCGGGACCGACCACUCUGUGCCGCAUGCCAAGGACACGAGCACCGAGGCGGUCUUUGCUCUGUCUUUGCUCGCCUUGCCUUCUGGGGCCCAGCCCACGGGCCCGGGGUUGAGUCUGCUUUGGAAGUGCGUGGCAGUGCCCACGAGAACCUCGCUGUCGUUUUCCUCCUCCGCAGAGGGCAGAGCUGAGGUGGGCUCAGCUUUUCCGCAGAAAGUGUCUUCAGGAGCCGAACUGGCGCUGCGGGCUGUGCGUGACAGGCUGUGUGGCACCGGGUGGGACGCUGAGUCCAGGCCCAGUGCGGGCGGAUCUGCGUUGGAGACUGGCCGGGCGCCUCGGACCGAGUUGCUUUUCUGGUGCCUGCUCAGACCUCUCACUACAAUUGCCAACUUCCCAGCGUUAGCGUUUUAUCCAUCUGUGCUGGGACAAGAAAAAUCGAGCCUUUUCCUUUUCUAUAAGCCCUGUUUCUACACGUGUUUUUGGUGACACGUGGACGUUGCCCUGGAAACCAUUGGUGUGAGUGGCUUGUCGUCAAAGCAGAUUCUAACUCAGGAACAGCUCUCCUGGGGUUCCGCGGCCGGCACGGCGUCCCGCAGACCUGCCUUACCGUAGCCCGGAGCGUUUCCUAGAACUCGCGUGUGUACCGUGGCUCGGCGGGCUGGCACUGAGGUGGAGGUGGAGGCGGCCGCUGCUCUCCGUCCCGAGCUCCGUCUUCCGGGCUCUGGGAGCCGAGGUCGGUGUGUGCGUGUGCGCGCGGUUCUCGCUCACAGUGCCCUGUCGCACACCCCUGCCUUCUGCUGUGCGGCCGGCCGUACGGGCUGCUCCGUGGCGCUCGUCCUGCAGGGCUGAGAAGCAGCCAUCUCCCGUGCUGUACGAGAAGCACUUUCUUGUCAGACGGCCGAGGUCCACACCCCACCAGCCUCCUGCUUCCGGCAACGUCAGCGUCUCAGACGGCGGCCCGGUGUGGGCGACGACGAUGUGCGUGCGAUGUGCGUGCUCGUCGGUGUAAUUAUUAAACUGUUAUUUUUCUUACUCCACAAAA